CGCAGUCAAAAGUGGACCAACACGUUCCCUUCCAUCGAGCAACUGCUUGAUUUUAUAGUAUUAUUACCUAUAUUGUUUACUUGAAACACUUAUCCACUAGUGGAAAGCAAAAGUGGUUAUGGCGGCUCCGUUGAAAGUAUGUAUUGUUGGUUCAGGAAACUGGGGCUCUGCAAUUGCAAGAAUUGUUGGAACCAAUGCACAGAAACUCCAGCACUUUGCCACCACAGUCAAGAUGUGGGUUUAUGAAGAAAUGGUCAAUGACAAAAAGCUGUCUGAGAUCAUCAACACAGAACACGAGAAUGUCAAGUACCUCCCAGGCUACAAACUCCCAAAGAAUGUGGUUGCAGUGCCACAGCUUCGGGAUGCUGCAGAGGGUGCCGACCUCUUGGUUUUCGUGGUCCCUCACCAGUUCAUCCGGAAACUGUGCGAUGAGAUGGUGGGCUGUGUUUCGGAGAAGGCUCGUGGAAUUACAUUAAUCAAAGGUAUUGAUGAAGGACCAGAAGGAUUGAAGCUCAUCUCUGAUAUCAUUCGGGAAAAAAUGGGCAUUGAUGUCAGCGUCCUAAUGGGGGCCAAUAUUGCCAAUGAAGUAGCAGCUGAGAAGUUCUGUGAGAGCACCAUUGGCAGCAAGGUGUUGGAGAACGGCCUCUUGUUUAAAGAGCUCCUGCAGACACCUAAUUUCAGAAUCACCGUGGUGGAUGAUGCUGACACAGUAGAGCUUUGUGGAGCCCUCAAGAACAUUGUUGCAGUGGGCGCAGGCUUCUGUGAUGGUCUGCAGUGUGGAGACAACACCAAAGCAGCUGUCAUUCGGCUGGGAUUGAUGGAGAUGAUCACCUUCGCUAAACUCUUCAGCAAAGACGAUUCUGUAUCUUCCACCACAUUCCUCGAGAGCUGCGGCGUGGCUGACCUCAUCACCACCUGCUACGGAGGACGAAACCGGCGCGUGGCAGCGGCUUUUGCCAAGACAGGGAAGAGCAUCGAGGAACUGGAGAAGGAGAUGUUAAAUGGACAAAAGCUUCAGGGACCAUUGACUUCUGCUGAGGUCUAUCAUAUCCUCAAACAGAAGGGCCUAGUCGAUAAGUUCCCCCUGUUCACGGCUGUUUAUCAGAUCUGUUUCGAGGGCAAGCCAGUUCAGGACAUGAUCACCUACCUGCAGAGCCAUCCAGAGCACCUGUGAGAGUCCCACAUUGUCCUCCUCCUCCAACACCAUCCCCUAUGGUCUGUUAGAUUGUCCUACCUCUAACAUUUCUAAUUUUCUUAAUUUAUUUUUUUUACUUUGUAUACUCAUACAAUGUUAUUUUUUAAAACUUCUUUUUUUUGGUCCCAGGUCCAGUUCAACACUAAUGGUUAGGCUUGAACUCAGGAGUUUGUUUCUGACCUAGCAAGUUUUGUUGUUAUCAGACAUGACAAUUUACUCAAAGAGUUUUUAUAGAAAAGCCAUUGUCUAGUCUGUGUGAACAUUAUGGCGUUUUUAACUGUUUACUCUCUGUCUGACUGCCCUCUCUUGUGGACGGUCCACAAUAUCAGCUCACUGACAGACGAGAUGAAAUGCCUCUUUAUAAAUUAAUGACUAGAGAGGUCUCUACACAUCCAUAUUGAGAGGAACACAACACAACUAGAAUACCUCUUACAAUCUUUACUAUAUUCAGCAUAAUUCCAGUUUUUGAUACUUUCACACAUCGUUCGACACAGGCAUAAGCUAGGUUUAGAACGAAGUAUACGCUUUCAUUAUUUCAAUUCAAAUUGCUUAGUUUCUUAUUAAUAAAUAAUGAAACUGCCAUUCACAAUGAACAUUUUGGCGCACGUUAGAUGAAGUAAAACUAGAUUUCUGUGAAGAUGCAAAAAUGCCUUUUAACUCCUCACUGGUCGGGAACAUUUCUCACAGGUCAAUAAAUACUUGAAUGGACUCGCUUUGGUUUUGAGGUUGUUUUUGUUUUAAAGGACAAUAUAUUCUAUAAAAGGGGGCUCAAAUCUGUCAUCUCAUUUUCCCAGCAACCCCCUUUUAAAACUAAGUGCUUACAAGACAGUGGGAAAAUGAAAACUUGUUACAACAUGACAUAGUUGGCUGUACGUUUUAUCAUGUAAUAUUAAAAACAAUACAAUGUCACAUA